AUGUGGUCCGUGGUCCCAGAUACUGUUGCCGCUGCAUGGGAAAGUGUCGUGCGUGUGCCGCGCGACUUCUAUGGGAAGGACGCACGACGUCUGCUCGAUGGCGCCCCGGACUAUCCCGCGCACGCCAUACUCCUUUAUCUCCUCUGCAUCUUUUGGUUACCGACGUGGAUGGCGCAACGAGAGCCGCUGCGCAUCAAGUACCUUGUCGCGGCGUGGAAUCUCGUCCUGUCGCUCAUCUCUAUCGCUGGGACACUUGUCCUGCUGCCGAUGCUGUGGGAGAUGCUGACCGAGCGCGGCUUUCACAAGACGGUGUGUGCGGUGCCCGGGAGCGUUGACACAGCAACAACAACAACAACCGUGGCAGAAGAGGGAAGCACUUCAGAAAAUCUCCUUCACAAAGACUUCAACGGGCCACGAGCAUUCUUCAUGGCAGUCUUCAUGUACGCCAAGGUCCCGGAGCUUGCUGACACGGUUUUCCUCGUGCUGCAGAAGAAACCAGUGAGCUUCCUUCAUUGGUACCAUCACCUUGUCACGACGCUCUACUGCUGGCAUGCCUCGUAUGUGGUGAUACCAUCGGGUGUGUGCUUUGCCGGGAUGAACGACGCUGUCCACGCGGUGAUGUAUCUUUACUUCUGCGGUGUGGUGCUUGGCUGGCGGAAGCUUAUUCGCCCCAUCGCGCCGCUCAUCACACUCAUGCAGGUGCUUCAGAUGUUCACCGGCAUGGCAAUCACGCUGUGUAUUUGGCUGCAGCAUCACCUUGGGCCAGCUGCGGCGAGCACGUGGUUUUACCACGCCAUAUCGUGGUUGCUGAGCCGCAUGCACGCUAUGGGAGUCGCCGAUGGCAGCGGCGAGGGCCCAUUCCGAAUGGAAGAUUAUUUCCGUGGCUGCGACACAGACACCACCAACAUGCGCAUGGGUCUUGUCAUGUACGGGAGCUACUGUAUUCUCUUUGUUGUUCUGUUCAAGCAGCUCUACAUGGACGCGCCCAAAAGACAGCGGCGACGCGGAGGGGAGAAGAUGUAA